GUGAUGGUGUCCCCUAGUUAAAAUGGCGACCUCCACCAAUUUCAUGUGGACUUUCUGAUCGAAGUCUGAGUGGUUAGAUUUUAAUUUUGUGUGGGUGAAUACCGAUCGAAAACAUGAAGGCAAAUAUUAAAAAGAAGAGCUCUCAAAAAACAGGCCUUAAAAAGAAAAGCUCCCAUAAAGCCAGCAUUUUGAAGCUUGCUAACAAAAGAACCAACCGUUUAGCAAAACAAGGAAAGCUACAUAAAGCUGAAAAGAAAAAAACAAAAAGGCAAAUUCUUCAAGAAAAAGCCAAUAAGAAAUUACAGGAGCAGCAACAAAAGGAGGCUGCCACUGUAAAUAAUAAUGUGGAAGAUGAAGAAUCAGAGGAUUACACUGAUGAGGACACUGAGCACUUCCAGUUCCUGAAAAAUGCCUCGGCAUUUGCAAGAACUGAUCUUAAUUUUGAAAACAAACCCCGUGGGAAAAAAAGAAAAGCUACAGAUGAUGAAGAAGAGGAGUAUGAGAACCAGCCCAGGUCAUUUUCUUCUGAUAAAGAUGCAGAGAAGAUGAAGAUGAUGUUACCAAUAAUUGACAAAGGAAAAGUAAUUAAAAGGAUGAUGAAGCAAGAUGAGGCUGUCACUGAUAAUUCACUAAAUGAUAGUAAUCAACAACCAAGUACUCCUGCAGUGCAGGGAAAAAAAGAUGAAGCAGCAGAGGCUGAAAAUAAAGAGAAUGAACCAGAGGGAAAUUCUGCAGACCAGAAGGAAAAAGAAAAGGCCAUGCUAGCAUCCAUGACAGCAGCCCAACUGUUUGUCUAUAGAAAGAAUAAACUGGCUGAGAAGAAACAGAAAAUAUCAGUCCUGUCUCAUGCUGUUCUGGAAGAUCCUCAAAGCAAUAUGAAAAAGUUAAAGGAACUAAGGCUGAUGCUAGGAGAGAAUGAUGCAGGAGUAGCCUUGACUGUUAGAAAGUAUGCGAUGGUGUCUUUGAUGGAGGUUUUCAAGGAUAUUGUACCUGGUUAUCGCUUGCGUAUUCCUACAGAGAAGGAGAAAACUCAAAGAGUUAAGAAAGAAACAAAGAGUUUAUGGGACUAUGAAGCAUCAUUUUUACUUAGUUAUAAAGUUUAUUUGGAGUUCUUGGAAACAAUGGCAAAAGGCAAACAUAUUGAGGAUAAGAGUUUUCUUACCAAACAUGGAAUACAAGAUUUAGCACUUCCACAGUCAAGCAGAGUUGAGUUUGGAAAGCUAGCACUUCGAUGUUUGUGUGAAAUGCUGGUGAACCAUCCACACUUUAACUACAGAAAUAAUAUCAUUGCCAUUAUAGUUCCAUUUAGCAAUCACAAAAAUAUUGAGUAUUCAACAGUAACAUGUGAUGCGUUGAAGAAUGUUUUCAAACAAGACAAAUCAGGAGAAGUAUCUCUGGAGGUAGUCAAAAACAUUGGUAGGAUGGUGAAGAAGUUAGACUUUGAUGUUCAGCCUCAGGUUCUAGAAACAUUUUUAGAAUUACAGAUAAAGGAAGUGGAGUUAGACUCGGAUGAGUACAAAUUAAAGAAAAUGAAGAGGAAAGAGAAGAUGUUGAAACUUUCACGUAGAGAGCGUAAGAGAUUGAAGAUGAAAGAGGCACUAGAUAAGGAGCUCCUAGAGACCAAAGCAACAGCAGAUAGACGACAAAAAUUGAAAAUGCACACUGAAAUAAUUCAAGCAGUUUUUGAGACUUACAUAAGAGUGAUAAAACUGGCCUCUGACUCUGCCCUUUUACCAGCUGUGUUGGAAGGACUUGCCAAGUUUGCUCAUCUGAUUAAUGUGGAGUAUUUUGACAGUUUAUUUGCUGCAUUUAAUAGUCUCAUUGAAUCAGGGCUUUUGACAAGCAGAGAAACUCUCCACUGUAUGCAGACAGCCUUCACUAUUCUGUCUGGUCAAGGCUCUGUAAUAAACAUUGAUCCUGCUAAUUUCUACAGACAUUUCUACUGUACAUUGCUCAAUGUCCAUGCUGGUUCGACAUCUGAAUGUGCAUCUAUAGUUCUAACUUGUUUAGACUCGAUGAUUAACAAAAGGAGAAGACAGAUCUCAAAACAAAGGAUCUUAGCCUUCAUCAAGAGAUUGUCAACACUGAGUCUACAACAGACAUCAGCUGCUGCUCUGGCAUACCUGGCCUCUGUCAGACAAUUCUUACAUACCUAUAAAUACAGUGAUAUCCUGUUUGAUACAGAAGCCCAAGGAAGUGGAGUAUAUUUACCUUAUCUAGAAGAUCCUGAACACUGUUGUGCUAACACUGCAAACUUAUGGGAGCUACAUUUAUUAAGGCGUCACUAUGAUCGAAAUGUACAGUUGUAUUCCAAACAUUUAAUUAAGAUGGCACCUCUUGCAGGAGAACAUCAGUUGCCACAGGACCUUGCUAGAAAGUCACCACAAGAAUUAUACCAGUCUAAAAGUACACAAGAUAUUUUUCACAAAAUACCUGAGAAGAGUGCCAAGAAAAGAAGGGUUAUGACUGAUUUUUCAAAUUCUGAGUUUGGUCAAUACACUACUUCAGUCUUAGAGUCUGUUUCAAGUUUACCUUCCCCAACAAUAGAAAUAUCUAUGGACACAAGUUGAAAGAAAAUAUUUGUUUUAUUGUCAUUGAAAUAAUAUACCUUGUAUAUAUGCAUUAACAAAUA